GCAGCAGACAGGCAGCAGUGUUCAGUGUUAGGGGUGAGUUGGAGGAGGAUGACACACACACACUGACUGAUUGCAGGGAUCUGAGGAAGACUAACUGGGAUAAAACCAACAUAAACUAAGGCUGACGGUGGGAUAAACGUGGGCUAAACCAGGCUAAACCAGGAUAAAACCAAGACAAAGAACCAAGCAGGAUCUUUUCCAUAUAGCCUUGUGGAUCCAUAACCUUAGAAGCGAUGACAGUGCGGGGUGGGUGGCCUCCCUCUGCCCUGUGUGCGUGGGUGGUACUGCUCCUGUUGGUGGUCUCAGGCGAACCCUACCGGACCCCCUACGACCAGGAACAAGAUCAGAACAGAGAGAGAACAGACCACAGGACAGACCCCAGGACAAACCCCAGGGUCUACCACAGAGAUGCCAGUGAGGUAAGGGGUAAAGACUGUCUGCGGUGUUGUGACCCUGGAGAGCAGCCCCCUCCUCAGUAUGCCAACCCCCACUACCCACAACAGUACCCACAGUACCAGGCAGUGCCACAGAUCAACAUCACCAUCCUCAAAGGUGAGAAGGGGGACAGCGGCCAGCGAGGACCCUACGGUAAAUCCGGCAAGUCCGGCCAGUCCGGCCCCCGAGGGCCCAAUGGCAUCAAGGGCACCAAGGGGAGCAUAGGAACCCAGGGUGAACCCUGCAAGGUCCAAUACGCUGCCUUCUCCGUGGGCCGCAAGAAGGCCAUCCACUCCAACGACUACUACCAGACCUUAGUGUUCGACACCGAGCUAGUCAACCUCUACGGCCACUUCAACAUGUUCACCGGCAAGUUCUACUGCUACGUGCCGGGGAUCUACUACUUCAGCCUGAACGUGCACACGUGGAACCAGAAGGAGACGUAUGUGCACGUGAUGCAUAACGAGAGGGAGGUGGUGAUCCUGUACGCUCAGCCCAGUGACCGGAGCAUCAUGCAGAGCCAGAGCCUGAUGCUACAACUGGAGCGAGAUGACCAGGUGUGGGUCAGGCUGUUCAAAGGGGAGCGAGAGAACGCCAUAUUCAGCGAUGACUUUGAUACCUACAUCACUUUCAAUGGACACCUCAUCAAGCCAAAGAGCGAGGGGUAGGGGGAAGGGGACAGUUGGGUCUAUGUCCCAAGUGGCACCCUAUUCCCUAUAUAGUGCACUACUUUUGAGCAGAGCCAUAUGGGCCCUAAUCAAAAGUAGUGUACUAUAUAGGGGAAUAUGGUGCUAUUUGGGACGUAACAGACACGGUUGUGGGGUUGUGAGAUAUUAUGGACAUGUGUGAAACGAGACGGAGACAAAAUCAGAAGAGUGAUUGGUUCACAGUUCAUAGUAGAAUAUCUCCUUCAUUUUCUUAUUGUGUCUUUUAAUAAAAGUAUUUUAUAUAACAUAAUCCAGAUAGCAAAAUAUAUAGUUUGAGAAGUAAGCCAAGUCUUAAUCUGGCAAAAACAUGUUGCACACACAGUCCGAUAAAGAUUGAGGAUCUUUUGGAUGUUUUAACAGGAAACCAAACAAAAUGAAUUCAAGAUUGUCACUGUUGUGUUGUUGUGUUGUUGAGUUUAAAGUGCCUUGAGGGUGUGAAGAAGUGUCCUGCAUCUGCAGCCAUCACAUUGCUGUACUGAUGUCCCUUUUGGCUAGUAAACCUUAAAAAGUACUCCAUGUCCCCCGGCAACACUAAGUGAACAUCCCAAAUGGCACCCUAUUCCCUAUAUAUUACACUACUUUCACCAGAACGCUAUGGAGCCUGGUCAAAAUUAGUGCACUAAAUAGGGAACAGGGUGCCAAUGAAUGACCUUUCAGGAAUUAUGUAUUUUUUAAAUGUAUUUUGUGUGAUGGAAAGUAUUAUAAUUCUUACCAACUUUGCACUCAGAUAAACCAUAUGUUAGGUUAAGAGCACUCCUCAUAGCUUUCACAUGUAGAUGUAGAGAUAUAUCAUCUUUUUGAGUUAGACAAAGAUUGCUCUUAAAUUACACUGUAAACAUAUCCUAAAAUAAGUAGUGAAAGGGCUUUCCCAGGAAAAACUUCCAAAAAGGACUAAUUCACAGUGAACAGGAGUUGGAACACUUUAUAUCUCGUCAUUCAGGCUUUAUUCCCUGAUCGGAUGAACACAGGCUACACAGGUAUACUUCAUAUAUCAUAAAACAAGUCAUACAAUAACCUGGACUAGAUAAAGAAACAGGUGCUAGAAGGGAAUGAGACAAAGCAUGGCAUAGCUGUACAUUCAUUCACAUAGCUGUAUUCUGGUUGUUCAAUGACUGUGGGCAUUCAAAACCUGUAAGCAAACCUCUUUCCAUUCAAAUAGAAAAGGUCACUCCAUUUAUGCAGUGUUGUCUGUCUGACAUUUGUAGACUGUAGUCAGCCCUGUCUGUGGAGUUAUUGUACUAGGGUGGGAUUGCCCUUUGAAUAUUUGAAUAAAAAACCCAGCGCCAAUAUUGACAAUAUUGCUCCACUGUGGAUGUAACCAAGCCUCCAUAAUACAACAAUAGACUCAGCUUUACUGAAGGUACAAUAUCGGCUCAGCAAUAAUAGAAAUGAAAAUCGUAUAGGGCAAAAUCAGUUACAUAUACAAUAAUAAUACUACAUGGUGCUUUAACUGUUAAAUGUUUUUUAUUAUGUUGUGCAAAGUUUUUGAUAUAUACUAUGUUUAUUUUAUUUUUACAUAUUGUAAUAUCAAGUGUAACGUGUUAGACCUCAGUGGUGAAAAAAAUAUCUACCGAAAUAUUUUGCCACAAGCCAGUAUUCACUUUCCAUGAAACCUUGAGUCAUUGAAAAUGUCCAGGGUGGUUUCAGAAAAAAUAAAAUUAUGCGAGUUGACGUCCCUAGAGCUCACCGUUAGCCUCCGAGGCCAGGGCCCCAUUCCAAACCAAACCCCAGCCCUGGGUCCUAGUUGGGCCCCGUUCAAAACCAAACCCCCACACCCUAUCCCUGGGUCCUAGUUAACUUAUUUUUCCUGGUCAGGCAACAGGGUCCGGACAAAGUCAUCCAAUCCUUUUUUAUUAGCGAAAGAUGAGCGAAAAAAUUAUCUAGGGAGAAAGGCCAGAUAUUGAAUUUGGUUUGGAAUUAGACCCCAGGAAAUACUUAGCCAAGACCAGAAAUGCCAGGAAAUGUUUUAGUGCAUGCAGACGUACAUGUUUUAUAUAAUAGACUGUUUGACUAAUGCUGUUCAGCCACUGUGCAUUGUUUGAAAGUAGUUUUGAUAUGAUUAAGUUGAGUAUGUAUAUGGGCC